AUGUCGUCGGACUCACAAUCACAAAGUUGCCGGCCGACAAGUCCCCGGAGAUGUGCCCGCGGCUGCGACUUCUUCGGCCUGCCGGAGAACAAGUUCCUAUGUUCCAAGUGCUACACCGACUAUCUGAAAGAAGAGAUUGCCAAGUCGGCCGCCGUUACUCUCACGACGUCUCCAUGCAAAACGCCGAAGGAUUCAACCGCAAAUGCCGAUUUGGCCGCCGAGACUGCGGCGGCGCCGGCGAAGAGUAAGAGGUGUUUGUGCUGCAAUAAGAAGGUUGGAUUGAUGAGUUUUGGGUGCCGCUGUGGAGGAACGUUUUGUGGGCGACAUCGGUUCCCGGAAGAACACAAAUGCGAUUUUGAUUUCAAGGCUUUGGGACGUAAAGUUUUGGCUAAGGAAAAUCCGGCCAUCAUUGCUGACAAGUUUCCGGAAAGGAUUUAA